UUGCACUUUGCAUCUAUGAACAAGUGCUUGAAACAACAAAGUGUGUAGUGACGAAAGCCAAGACGAAUUUGGUCUUCGCAUUAUAAAGAAUCGUCACGAAACCAAUCGUCAGACUCAUCCUCGUCGAAAAUCACUCGUCUCCGGUGUAACAAGGCAGCAACUAUCAGCAUUUGGUAUCUGCUACGUUGAUCAGAGGGAUUUAGGUUCGAUCAGCUUCUAUUGGAUAACGUUCCAAGGUUGAGUUCAGUGACUCAGCCUCUCACCCACGGUACGGUACAUCUGCUUCGAGUCACACAACCAUUGCGGAUAUAUAAAAGCCUUCCAGACCCGCAUUCCUUUACUGAACAUCUUGACCACUUCGUACUGUCGACUCAACGUUGUCAGGUAUUUACAACUCCGCAACUUACUCAUCAUGAUCCCGUCUUCAGCUACGGAAUGGGCUGUUGAGCUACAGCAUCAGCUUUACCUCCUCUCACCACUAGCCAAAACCGAGGAACAACAUCCUGCAUUCAUCGAUGAGAUUGUCCUCAAGGCACCUCGUCGAAAGGCGGCCGAUCCUGAUGCGGCUAGGCUCGCGAAGCAGAUCUCAAGGCUGAUGUAUCCUGCAUACGAUGAAGAUUCACUCGGGCUAUUCAUCAAGUACGAGAAGGAUAUCGUCAGGCUUCGCAAGAUGGUCAUUUUGCAGAGAAAGCGUAUUAUCGACGAGAAUACCAAGCGCAACGAGCUCAUCAACUGGGCACCGCGGAUCAGGAAGCAGGGACCAUGGAACCCAGCUACCGAUGCUGUUUCUCUCGAGGGCGCACCUAGCCUACCCAUGCCCGUCGACAUCGCAGACCCAAAAUCGCUAGCCCCGUUCUUCGAUCACCUUGCCCUCGGUGGCAACGAGUCAAAAGACUCUUCAAUCCGCGGUAUCGAUGUCGGUCUCGAAGCCGAAGAGCCAGGCUACAGCACGAGCCUACUGGAGUUCGAGAAAGGCGUGGUAUAUUCCGACCAGCGAAUGGAUCUUUGCAAGAUGGUGCUUGGUCCCAACAACAUCGGCGCUCUCAUGGAGAGCUUGAAACCGAAUCACUUCAUCACACAUUUCCUACUAGGGAACAAUAUCAUCGGCCCUCACGGUGCGCAUUGCAUUGCAGAUUUCCUGAAAGAAUACCCCAACCGGAUGGACACUUGGUACCUAGCAGGCAACUGCAUUGACACGCCUAGCUUCCGUUUGCUCGUCGAUGAGUGGGUCAAGAGCACUGUAGUGACCAACAUCUGGCUCAAGCGAAACCCAUUGGGUCCAGCUGCGGCCGAUGAUGUGUUCAGACUGAUAACUCAGACGGAGAAUCUCCGUACGCUCGAUCUUGACCAGACCGAGCUUGGAGAUGUUGGUGUCGCCAAGCUCUUCACCCUACUUGCACACUAUGAUAAGCCAGUGGCACUUCGACACAUCUAUCUGAACGCCGUUGGUAUCGGCGCGAAGGGUGCAGGUGCUAUCGCCGACUUCCUUGCGUCUCCUCACUGCGCCCUUGAUGCGUUGUAUGCGUCGAACAACCCCCUGGGAAAUGAUGGCUUGGUUGCACUGGCGACUGGUAUGCGUAAGAACAAUUCAUUGACUCGACUGACGCUGUCGUCUGUUGGUGCUGGCGAUGUCGGUGUUGUUGCGCUUUGUCAUUCGCUGCACGGUCAUAACCUGAAGGUUCUCGACCUCGACCAGAGCUACGCGACCAAGGACCUUGGUGCAAGGUUCAACUGGAUCACCGACGCCAGCGCCUCGGCCCUCGCUUCGCUAACCUCGCAUACCACUCUCAGCUAUCUCAACCUUGGCCAGUGUGCUCUAACCCAUGCCGGCCUGACACCCAUCCUCUCGCAAGUCCUCUCAUCCCCCCUCCUCUUCUUCGCCGCCUCCACAAUCUUCCCCCAAGCCCGCGACGCGCCAUCCAUUCACGCCGGCCAACGCCACGCCAAAGCCGCCGAACUGGCACGCGCACAUAUUCUGCGCAACAUCCAAGCCAAGUACGGCGCGGAGUGUUCGUACACAACAUUCAGGAAUGAGUAUAAGAGGUGGUUGGUCAAUGACAAGACGGACGUCCGAAAGAUUGACUCGGUGUAUCGGAAUCGUGAUGCGGGGCAGGCGAGGAGGGGUGGUAAGAAGCUGGUGAAGUGGUGGGAGGAAGGUGAUGAGACGUUGGAGCGGGUUAUGGGUGCUGUUGGGCCAGUUUGUGUGAGCCGGAGGGCGAAGGAGGGGUUGGAGGGCGUGGUUGGGCCGACACGCUUUGUGCCAUUGACAGGGAGGAAGACGUCAGACCGGACAGUCGGAGGACUGGACGCGAAGAGGUCGAGAAGUGCAGUAGCGGCGUCUCGCUCCUGGUUUGACUGGGGCUUUGGCGACGACAUGGAUGCAGGACGCGAGCGUGUGUUCGCACGUGUGGUGCGCUUUGAGACUCCAGCAGGAGCCUUGACUGUGGCUGGCCGGCUGAUGUGGCGUUUGAAGACGACAGCAGGUUUUUUCGAUAUCGUUGUAGAGGGCUUGGGCUGCUUUGGUGGGGAGAUGGCGUCAGUGCUCUGCUCGACGAAGCCAGAAUCGUCGUUGUCGUCGGCAGCGGGGUCGGAAUCGGAGGCCUGGUCGAAGUCUGCGUUGAUUGCGUUGAGUCGCAGCUCCAGAUGGUGUUUGAUCUGGCCGGGGCCUGCUGCGGUCGCGUCGCCGUCUACGCCAGCACGAGCGGCGGCGAUGCUGUUGUUAAUGGUGCUUUGGAGGGCCUCGAGUCGAGGGCCGGAGGGGUACUGUGUUGGGAUGCUGGAGCAUAGCUUGGUGAGGCUCUUGACGAGCCGGGCGAAGUGUGGCCAAGAUGGAUGGGCGGCGAAGUCUAGUCUUCGGGCAAGUGAAAGUGGGAGUCUCUUUCACUUCGCGAAGUCUGCUCGAGUGGCGGUCACCUUGUCUCUGGUAAAGGAGGCGCGAGGUAUAGUAAUUGUACUCACCAAGGCAUAUUGUGCCGUCGCUCAAGGAACCAAAGUGACGAAAACAUAGGAGGCGGUGCUGAAAAGAUCUCAGAGGUUUUAGAAAUAGUAGGAAAGUUGCUCGCAGUUAAUCAUAUCAUGAUUGAACAUGACUACUCGUCAAGUGACCGUAGACUGUCUCGAGCUUUGUCGCGCAAAUAAAGCACAAAGUCGUUUACAUAUUAUGUAUAGCUGAGGGGAGAUCGCCAGAGACGCAAGAUUGUUACAUGCUGAAACAAUCAAAGUAGACUGCAACGAAAUCAAGAACAUGUAGAAGCUGACAGAAGAUCUGGUGACGUCGAAAAAGGAUAUUGACUUGUCGUCCAUUGUUCAAUGGUAAGGACAGCAACAAAUGCGAUAAUUCACUGAGGUAUCAGCCUUCAGUCAAGUAGGAGACAUGUUACGAUCUGUGAGAAGACACUGUUCAAUAUGCAAAGGAUGCAACAUUGAAGUGAAGUGAUGAAUUCGGC